AUGGGUGAAAAAGAGGCUAAUGAUGACAAGCCGAUCGAGGAUCACAUUUAUCUUGUCAUGAUGGCAAUCAGCUGGUCCCUUCUACUUCUUCUCUUUUCUAUGCAACAUGUGUUUGGGAGUGCAAAGAAGUUUAUCGGUCCUUGUGGAGGAAGAAACUGCACCAUUUGUCACUGCAUUCCUGAAAAGGGGUCUCGGGGUCGACCAGGACCGCCAGGGCCACAGGGUCCAAUAGGAUCCCUAGGACUGCCAGGACCCAGGGGCAUCCCGGGAGAGAAAGGGUUGAGAGGUGACAGUGGCCAUCCAGGAGCAGUGGGGGACAGAGGAGACAAGGGUCCAACUGGUGUCCCUGGAUUUCCGGGUUUGGAUGGUAUACCUGGGCACCCGGGACCUCCGGGACCCAGAGGCAAGCCUGGCCCGGAUGGCUAUAACGGCUCUCGAGGUGAUCCCGGGUUUCCAGGAGAAAGGGGACCUCAUGGCGCAAGAGGCCCGCCAGGCCUUCCUGGGGAAAAUGGAGAAAAAGGAGAUUCUGUGUUCAUUUUUGGUGCCAUUAAAGGUAUUCAGGGAGACAGAGGGGACCCAGGACUUCCGGGAUUGCCUGGAUCGAGGGGUGCCAGAGGUCCACCAGGACCCAUGGGCUACCCAGGAGAGCCGGGAUUCACUGGACUUCCGGGUCACCCUGGGAACCCAGGUUUGAAGGGUAAUCCUGGCAUCGGAGUAAAGGGGCAGAAGGGGGACCCGGGUGACGUUGGCCUGCAGGGUUCUCCUGGACUAACCCUAUUGAUAGAAACACCGGAUUAUGGUUCCUUCAAGGGAGAGAAGGGUAUAAAAGGAGUUCCAGGAAGGCCUGGACCACCAGGACCGCCAGGACCCAAGGGAGAACCUGGCAUUGGAGCCAAAGGAGAGAAAGGGAUUCCCGGAUUCCCGGGACCUCGGGGUGGCCCUGGUUCCUAUGGAUAUCCAGGCUUCCCAGGAUUAAAGGGGGAACCAGGACUGGCUGGAGAACCUGGGCCAUUUGGGUUUCCUGGCCAAAAGGGGGAUCCUGGCGAGCGUGGGCACCCCGGACCACCAGGUGUUUUGCUGUCUCUGCCUCCUCUAUUCAAAGGCCCUCCAGGGGAUCCAGGUCUCCCUGGCCGCUAUGGAGAAAUGGGGGCUACAGGACCACCUGGUCCCCCGGGCCUACCAGGUAGACCAGGAGAAACAUGCAAAGGCCCGAUGGGACCGCCUGGACCACCCGGCUUUCCUGGACACCCGGGACUUCCAGGGGCUGCUGGGAUUCCUGGAAGUUUGGCUGCUGUUCCAGGAAAACCAGGCAACCCGGGACCACCUGGGCUGCCUGGAGCACCAGGGCCACCGGGAGCACCAGGAUCAGAUGCUCUCUACUGUAGAGCUGGACGUCCAGGACCACCGGGAGCAAAAGGCCAAAUGGGUCCUCCAGGAAGAAGAGGCUCCCAAGGGGAAAAAGGAAACCAGGGGAUCUGUGCCUGUCAGCUUUGUCCCCCGGGCCCUCCAGGCUCUCCAGGGUCUCCUGGGAGGCCGGGGAGAGAGGGAGACCGAGGACCCCCUGGGUGGUUUGGAGAAAAAGGUCUUCCAGGACCUCCUGGUGCUGACGGACCCCCAGGACCACCUGGAAAUCCUGGUGCCUCAGGACCACCUGGCAGCAAAGGAGAAAAGGGGAACAUGGUCGUAUCCAGGAUAAAAGGGCGCAAAGGAGAAAGAGGACCUGAGGGACUCCCAGGAUUCCCUGGGCAGCCAGGACAGCAUGGUCGGGAUGGAUAUGAUGGGGAAAAGGGAGAUCCGGGACGCCCAGGGGAUCAUGAAGAUGCUACACCAGGUGACCGAGGGUUUCCUGGGCCCCCAGGCCCCCAGGGAAGAACAGGCCCAAGGGGGCCUCCAGGUCUUGGAUAUCCUGGUCCACCAGGCCCCAGAGGACUACCAGGAGAUCCAGGCCACCCAGGCAAGAGGGGACCUGAAGGCAUGAAAGGCCGAAAAGGUGAUACAAUUCCUUGUGGUGUGAGCUACCCUGGGAGUCCAGGCCCCCCUGGAAUGGACGGCCCUCCAGGCCUUAAGGGCUUUCCUGGACCUCAGGGCUCUCCCGGGCCCAGGUGUUUGGAUGGGCCAAAGGGUCAACCCGGCAAACCAGGCCGACCAGAUAUCCCCGGGCCCCCCGGUUUUCGUGGUGACAUGGGAGAUCCAGGCUUUAAAGGCGAACAGGGGCCCUCCCCGAGGGGCCCCCCAGGCCCUCCUGGUCCUCCUGGAGCAAACGGACAGAAAGGAAUCCCUGGAGACCCUGCUUAUGGGCCCCCGGGACCCCCAGGGGAGAGGGGGCUUUCAGGAGCACCUGGCUUGAAAGGACACAGAGGCAGUCCAGGAUGCCCGGGUCCUGCAGGACGACAUGGUGUGCCCGGCUUUCCAGGUCUCAAAGGUCCCAAAGGCAGAGCUGGAAGUGCUGGGUAUCCAGGGCCCCCAGGUGUCCCCGGCAGUUCCUGUGGAAGAGGGGAUCCAGGAAGACCAGGGCAAGCUGGGCUCCCUGGGGCUCCGGGCAGUCCAGGUGCCCCGGGUUGGAAAGGAGAGCCUGGGGAUCGGGGCCCCCCUGGAUCAGCUGGAAUGAAGGGUCUGCCUGGGGUACCUGGAUUGCCGGGGGCACAUGGACACUUGGGGCCCCCAGGACUCCCGGGGCCCAUUGGAGAUGAUGGGCUACCUGGUCCUCCCGGCCCAAAAGGACCCCAGGGACUGCCUGGCUUUCCAGGCUUUCCCGGAGAGAGAGGAAAACCUGGACCCGAGGGAACCCCUGGCAGAAAAGGAGAACUUGGAGAGAAAGGUUGGCCUGGGCCCCCAGGAGACCCCGGAGUGAGAGGGGCCAAAGGAUCUAGAGGCCCUCCCGGAGAUGCAGGAGAAACGACUAUAAUUUCCCAAAAAGGCCAAAUGGGACAACCUGGACCUCCGGGAGAUGAUGGCUUCCCAGGAAAAGAAGGUGACAAAGGCACCCCUGGGAUGCAAGGGAGGAGAGGAGAGCCGGGAAGAAUGGGACCCCCGGGACUUCGCAAAGGGGACCCCGGAAGCAGUGGACCGCCAGGGACGCCGGGACUCCCAGGCCCUCCAGGCUCGCCUGGGCUGAGAGGGGUCAUUGGCUUUCCAGGGUAUCCAGGUGACCAGGGUCCGCCAGGUGCUCCCGGGCUCCCUGGACUCCCAGGAAUGGACGGAACCAAAGGACCCAAAGGACACAGGGGGGAUCCUGCAAGGCACUGCGACCUCCCUGGGCCAAAGGGUGAACCAGGAGCCCCUGGAUACCCAGGGUAUCCUGGAGAAACUGGAGAACGGGGCAUGCCGGGUGUUCAAGGGCCCAGAGGACCGCCGGGAAGACCAGGACCACCAGGCUCCUUCGGACCCCCAGGGUGUCCAGGUAACCCAGGAAUGCCUGGACAGGAGGGACAUCCAGGAGCAACGGGGGAUCCUGGACCAAGAGGUGUCACGGGAGACCCAGGGCCACCCGGUCUUCCCGGGGUACAAGGUCCCACUGGGUCACCGGGUCGGGACGGCUUGCAUGGCUUAAAGGGCCAGAAAGGAUCCAAAGGCGCUUCAGGUCUGCAUGAAAUGGGCCCACGAGGCGCCCCGGGCAUACCUGGGCAGAAGGGAGAGCCCGGAGAUCCGGGGAGCCCAGGGGUUUCUCCCCCCGGCCCCUUUGGAGAGAAAGGUCCCCCCGGUCCUCCAGGGCGCCGUGGGCCACCCGGCCCUGCAGGUGUCCCAGGGAGAGCUGCUGAGGGGGACAUUCCUGAUCCGGGCCCCACUGGAGAUCCGGGACCUCCUGGCCCCGACGGAGCUAGAGGAGCCCCUGGACCUCCGGGCACCCCUGGGAGUGUUGAGCUUCUGAGAGGGGAUCCAGGAGACUGUGGUCUGCCAGGGCCACCAGGUCCCCCAGGCCCACCAGGACCUCCAGGACAUAAAGGCUUCCCAGGAUGCGACGGAAAAGAUGGUCCGAAAGGUCCUAUGGGAUUUCCAGGGCCACAAGGACCACCUGGGCUUCCAGGGUCACCAGGAGAGAAGGGUUUGCCUGGAAACCCGGGUUUUCCAGGCCCCCCCGGUCCUCCAGGCUCCAAAGGUGAACGAGGACCACCUGCAGACUUGGAUUCCUGCCCCCGAAUCCCGGGACUGCCUGGGGUACCAGGCCCAAGAGGACCAGAAGGAGCCAUAGGACCCCCUGGCACAAGAGGCCCUCCAGGACCAGGGUGCAAAGGGGAGCCGGGCCUGGACGGCAGGAGGGGCGAGGACGGCAUCCCCGGCUCCCCCGGGCCUCCAGGACGCCCAGGGGACCAUGGCGAGGCGGGCUUCCCUGGCCCAGCAGGUCCUCCGGGGCCCCCUGGGGCUCCUGGGCGCCCGGGGCUCAGCGCCGCAGCCUUCGGGGGCUUCCUCCUGGUUCUGCACAGUCAGACGGACAGAGAACCCGUGUGCCCAGCGGGCAUGGCCCGGCUCUGGGCGGGCUACAGCCUGCUGUUCCUGGAAGGGCAGGAGAAAGCUCACAACCAGGACCUCGGACUGGCCGGCUCCUGCCUGCCCGUGUUCAGCACGCUGCCCUUCGCUUACUGCAACAUCCACCAAGUGUGCCACUACGCCCGGAGGAACGACAAAUCCUACUGGCUGGCCAGCGCGGGGCCCGUGCCCACCGCCCCGCUCUCGGAGGAGGACAUCCGCCCCUACAUCAGCCGCUGCGCCGUGUGCGAGGCGCCCGCGCAGGCGGUGGCUGUGCAUAGCCAGGACCAGACCGUGCCCCCGUGCCCGGGCGCAUGGACCAGCCUCUGGACCGGCUACUCCUUCCUGAUGCACACAGGAGCCGGGGCCCAGGGCGGCGGGCAGGCCCUCAUGUCCCCAGGCAGCUGCCUGGAAGACUUCAGGGUGGCCCCCUUCAUCGAGUGCCAAGGCCGGCGGGGCACGUGCCACUUCUUCGCCAGUGAGUACAGCUUCUGGCUGAGCACCGUCGGCGCAGAUGGGCAGUUUUCCUCGGCGCCAUCCCCGGCCACCCUGAAAACUGGCCAGGCCCAGCGCCAGAGGGUCAGCCGCUGCCAGGUGUGCAUGAGGCCCGGCUAGAGGACAGCGGGGACAGUGCCAGGGGUGGAGCCAGAAACCCGCCUGGCUGAGGCCUCCAACAGCGCCAGGACAGCAACUCUCAAGGUGCUCAGUUUUGAAUUCUGCUUUCCCGGAGCCCCGGGAGUCCUGC